AUGGCCAGGGGCGCGCGGAGCAGCCAGCCGAUCCUCUCCACCCGCAGGGCUGGCCCAGGGCCCCGGCUCCCUCCCUAUCACGGAACUCGGGAAGACGCGGUGCAAAAUGCGAUCCCAGAAUUAUGGGAGUCCCCUUUCCUGCACUGUCCGCUCCGUCCGGCCCGAGUGGUGCGAUUUGAGGCUGAAGGGUCUGCCGCGCCGAGCCAAGCUGGUGGAAACCCGGAGAAUCUACCCGGUGGCCACUUGCACAGGUUGCUUCGCAGUCACCUGGAGGGGGCGGCCUGGGAGAGGGAGCCGCCGAGACCCGGGGACCGCAGAGGCAGUGCCACGGGCACGCUCACGCCAGAGGAAUUCACACUUGAGUGUGCGGAGCGCGCCGGUGUGUCGACCAGCCAAGCCGGCCUGAAAGCCGGGUCCAGAGUAGAGCUCUGGGGACCCAACGAGGGCUGA